AUGUCGAGACGUAGUCCGAAGAAGAGAACCAUUAUUGACGAUGAGAGCGACGAAGAGGUUGGGAUGAGCUCUGCCGUGCACUCAUCACCAGCUCCGGCCUCCUCGAUCCAGUCGUCGCCGCGUAAUAUGCCUUCUUCCCCAGGUAUCCCCUUUGAGGACGACGAAGAAGAGGAAGAACGCGAAUAUUUCAACGACGUCGAUGAUCUGGAGGAGCAACUUGAGGAACAGACCGGUGUUGAUCUGAUUGGCGAAGGGAUGGAGCGCGAUUAUGCAGUGAACACCGAACAAGACAACUAUGACGAGGCCGAUCUGGACGACCAAGAGUACGACGAAAUUUCCGCCGCAGACAGAAGACGCGUUGACCAGAUGUUGAAUCAACGUGACCAGCUUGUUAGAGGUGCCAAUCUAGAUCUGGACGAUGCUAUGGAAGGUGAUGUCCAAAGAGACGAGUACGGUCUCCCAAUUCAAAGACGUCGUAGAAGACACAGAUACGACGAAGAUCCGGAAGACUACCUGGACGACAUGGAUCCGUUAACCGAGGAAUUGAGUUUAGAGUCCCUCGCAGAGGUCAAGGCACCAUCCAUCUUGGAGUGGAUUGUGAUGCCAAACGUGACUAGAUCCAUCGCCAGAGAACUCAAGUCGUUCUUAUUGGAAUACACCGACGAACAAGGCCGUUCUGUGUACGGUAGUCGGAUUCGGACCCUUGGUCAGCUCAACAGCGAGAGUUUAGAAGUCUCGUACGUGCAUCUGCUUCAUUCCAAGGCGGUCCUUGCUUUGUUCUUGACCACAUGUCCCGAGGAGAUGCUAAAAAUUUUUGACGUGGUCGCCAUGGAAGCCACAGAGCUUCACUACCCAGACUAUAGUCAGAUCCACUCGGAAAUUCACGUCAGGAUUGGUGAUUAUCCUACAAGCAGCAACUUGAGAGAGCUCAGACAAGCCAGCUUGAACUCGCUUGUGCGUGUUAGCGGUGUGGUUACCAGAAGAACUGGUGUUUUCCCGCAAUUAAAGUACGUCAAGUUCAACUGUCUCAAGUGUGACGCGGUUCUUGGUCCGUUUUUCCAGGACUCAAAUCAGGAGGUGCGUGUAACGUUCUGUACUAACUGUCAGUCUCGUGGUCCUUUCAGAAUGAACACCGAGAAGACACUCUACAGAAACUACCAAAGGAUCACUCUUCAAGAGUCACCAGGAUCUGUUCCUGCUGGAAGACUGCCCCGCCACAAGGAAGUGAUCUUGCUCUGGGACUUGGUUGAUGUUGCCAAGCCUGGAGAAGAGAUUGAAGUCACCGGAAUAUACAAGAAUUCUUACGAUGGAUCGCUGAAUGCCAAGAACGGAUUCCCCGUGUUCACCACAGUGAUCGAGGCAAACGCAAUCAAGCGCAGAGAAGGAGCCGCCAAGGGUGUGACCGACGGCUCGUUGAUCGAGGGAGGCCUUUCUCCAUUCCAGUGGACGGAAGAGGAAGAGAAGAAGAUCCGCCAGUUGAGUAAAGACCGUCACAUCAUUGACAAGAUCAUCUCGUCCAUUGCUCCCUCCAUCUAUGGCCACAAGGAUAUCAAGACAGCUGUGGCAUGCUCGCUUUUCGGAGGUGUUCCUAAAGAUGUUAACGGAAAACACUCCAUUCGUGGAGAUAUCAACGUGUUACUGCUUGGUGAUCCCGGUACUGCCAAAUCGCAGAUCCUCAAGUAUGUGGAAAAGACUGCCCACAGAGCCGUUUUCGCUACUGGUCAGGGAGCUUCUGCCGUUGGUCUGACUGCUUCGGUGCGGAAAGACGUCAUCACGAGAGAAUGGACGCUGGAAGGAGGAGCUCUGGUGCUUGCCGACAAAGGUGUGUGUUUGAUUGAUGAGUUUGACAAGAUGAACGAUCAGGACAGAACGUCGAUCCACGAGGCGAUGGAACAGCAGUCGAUUUCGAUCUCCAAGGCCGGUAUUGUGACCACUUUGCAGGCCCGGUGUUCGAUCAUUGCUGCUGCCAACCCGAUUGGAGGUCGUUACAACUCGACAUUGAACUUGCUGCACAACGUGAACCUGACAGAGCCGAUUUUGUCGAGAUUCGACAUUCUGUGUGUGGUGCGAGACCUGUUCAAUCCCGAGGCCGACGAGAGACUGGCCGGUUUCGUGAUUGACUCGCACAUGCGGUCGCAUCCUGCGGGUGAGGUGUCUGCGAGCGAGAAAGAGCACGAGAUUUCUCCGAUCGAGCAGGACUUCCUGGUGAAGUACAUCCACUACGCACGCACGAGAGUCCACCCGAAGCUUAACCAGAUGGACAUGGACAAGGUUUCGCGGGUGUACGCAGAUUUGAGACGUGAGAGCAACACUACAGGCUCGUUCCCGAUUACUGUGAGACAUUUGGAGAGUAUAUUGAGAAUUGCGGAGUCCUUUGCCAAGAUGCGGUUGAGCGAGUACGUGUCAAGCUCUGACCUUGAUCGGGCAAUCAAGGUGACCAUCGACAGUUUUGUUGGAGCUCAAAAAGUGAGUAUUCGGAAACAGCUGCACCGCAGCUUUAUGAAAUAUACCCUUCCUCAGCGAGCAUGA